ACAUCUGCAGAGCGAUUGAGUUGCUGGAAAAAUUACAGAGAAGUGGAGAAGUGCCACCACAAAAGCUACAAGCUUUGCAGAGAGUCCUUCAAAGUGAAUUCUGUAAUGCUGUAAGGGAGGUGUAUGAACAUGUAUAUGAAACUGUGGAUAUCAGCAGCACCCCGGAAGUCAGAGCUAAUGCAACAGCAAAGGCCACCGUAGCUGCAUUUGCUGCUAGUGAAGGUCACUCCCAUCCCAGAGUGGUUGAACUACCCAAAACGGAAGAAGGUCUUGGAUUCAACAUUAUGGGAGGCAAAGAACAAAAUUCUCCAAUCUACAUCUCUCGAAUUAUCCCUGGCGGUAUCGCUGAUCGACAUGGAGGCCUGAAACGGGGAGACCAGCUGCUUUCGGUGAACGGAGUGAGUGUCGAAGGUGAACACCAUGAAAAAGCAGUAGAACUGCUGAAGGCAGCUCAAGGAAAGGUUAAAUUAGUUGUGCGAUACACACCGAAGGUCCUGGAAGAAAUGGAGUCGAGAUUUGAAAAAAUGAGAUCGGCGAAACGCAGGCAGCAGAAUUAACAUUGUAUGCAAUAACUUAAAGAGAAAAUAUAUUCUGUUUACGUUUUAUA